UCAAACAAACAUAUAAUGAACGGAGGCAAUGAAUAUGCUCCGUUCAAUAGGGAUCAUAGACAGAGUGUAUCGUACUCAACAGAACAAGGUCAACAGGCAGUACAACAGAAUGUUCUGAGAGAGGUGUAUAAACAAUUCGAGUUGUUGCUGUUGAAGAAGAAGGCAGGUGACCAAAAGGUCACGCUGCGUCAGGGUCUGCUCGUGUCAAUACCUCAGGUGGAGAAGGUGUCCUCGAUGAACAGCGUGCAGGUGACACAUCAGCUCGAGGUCAUGUCCAAUGUGCUGGUCAAGAUCUCGUCCGAGAGUCUGCACGCCGUGUGCGAGGUGCUGAUCAAGAUGUGCGACACCUACCUCGACGACCCCUACAACAUGGUCAGUCAGAGCGACAAGAAGGGCAAGAUCGAGCUGCCCUCCUACGCCAAGGAUGACAUCGAGUCCGACCUCGAGAUCGUCCUGGCCCACUCCACAUCUGACUCACUCUCUGGCCACGUGCUCACCACAACCCUCACGCGUGAACAGCAGCAACAGGGCGCGACGACACCUACCUUGUUGUCCCCUCCCACGCCAAACACUCAUACUCACAGUCACAGUCAUAGUCACUCAUUAUCAUCAUCAUCGUCACAUGGAUCAUUGGGCAUGUACUCGAGUAGCAACAACUUGUUGUCGUCGCCACCAGGCUCUGGCGCUGCAUCUGCGGCCGCCACACACUCACCUGCGGCUGAAGUUGAACAACCAAAGCAGGAGUACACAUACCAGGCACUGCAGCCAUUCAAUACAUACGCACAAGUGUCGGACGACACGCCUCUGUACCAUCUGCUCAACACACUGUAUCUCAUACUUUCGUCGCAUGCGCCGACGCGCGACGACACCGAGCUGGAUGCUCGAUCACAGCUCGCCACGCUGCCACCCAAGGUCAUCACAUUCUUCUUCAAUCUUCUGCAGUUCACACAGUCACCUCGCAUAAGGUACCGCGCUGCAUCAUGUCUCCAGGUGAUCUCGCUGGCUUCGCUCGACACCAUCUCGCAGCUGUUCAUCACGCGCCUUCAAUCUGCGCGCAAUGAUGACUUUUACCGCGAGUACUCAACGUUCCAGCGCGCGGCCAAGUACCUCGAGUUUGGCUUUUGUCGCGCCAACCAGGCCGACGGCACUUCACAAUACUUUGCAAAGAUGCUCAUUGAGAUGGAGAAAGCGUCACGUGCCGUCUUCAUGCAGGCCAUCCUCUUUACAAUAAUGCGAGCAUGGCCGCGCAUGUUUUCCAACCCGCUGUCACGUGCACGAGUGCCCGCGCCAUUCUGGAACGUCGCGACCAAGAUCUAUGAGCUAGUGCUCAAGUGGACCAAGAAGUCCAAGCUCAAGCAGCUGUGCGUACGCACAUUGGCCAUCAUGUGCUGUGCGUCCGAGGAUGUGGUCCUGGCGCGCAGCGGCGAUCUACUAUCACUCAUUGGCAACUCACUCAAGGAGACCAAGACUAAGCGACCAUAUCUCGAAGCGCUGGUCACACACUUUAAUGGACUCAAAGGUCUGUUUGGAAGCGAGGCCAAGGCACCCUUCUAUCAAGCACAGGUCGAGAUGAUUCUGCCAUUCAUCUUGCCAAAGAAAUCAUCACCAAGUGAUCUCGUCCUCCUUCUCGAGGUCCUUCUCUCCAUGGGACGCUUCAGUCUCAGCAUUGUCGUCUCCAAGUACAUCCUCGGAGUACUCGCGCCAUCAAUGCCUGGCAAGCCACCCGAGUACAGUCUAGAGAGCAAGGCUGUCGUGCUCAAGAUGUUGAGCUCAUUGAACACAGAGUUCCCAGAGGCAAUGCGAGCAUAUGACAGGACAUUGUGGCAGACUUUGGACGUUGUGUUCUCAACAUACGAUGGAGACAGCACACCGAUGAAGUACAUUCUGCUGAACUUCCCAUCGCUGUGCUCACCCGAGUCUCAAAAGGACAUUGGCGACAAGAUUACAAAGUGGACAUGGCAUUUGGAUGGCGAGGUCGCAAUGAUGGCCACGAUCGGCAUCGUCAAGUACCUGUUCAAUCAACCACAGCAGACAUUCCCAUCGAUCCUCUUCCAGAUGCUGACUUACAUCACCAACUACUUUGGCGAGAUUGCCUCACUGUCCAAGGUGGUCAAGAACAUAUGCAUGGUAAUUGAGGAGUUCAUCGCGCUGCACUACCUGCCCAAUGGCGAACGCAAGUGCUCGCCACAAAUCGAGCCCACCAUGUGGAAGAACCUGCGCGAGACGUCCGAGGGUGUUGCGCUGUACCUACUAUCGUCCAACGUCACAUCUCUCUGGCCACAAGUGCUCGAGUUCAUUCAGUUGACAGGCCACGAGAUCUUCCGCGAGAUUGACCGCGCUGACAAUGUGGCUUACCUGGCGGACUACCUUCCACACCGCACGUUCUCGUCCCUUCCAUCCAAGCCGCCUCACUUGGACCUGGACAGCGUGGAGUACAACUGCUUCGACACACUCAUCCCUGCACUCAACCCCGACCUGGCCUACUUCUUGCAGAUACACAAUGGCAACCUGCAGGGCAGCGUCAACUGGGCAUGGACCCGUCUGAGGAAGCGCUGGCACCCCAAGAGCCAACCGAUUGGUUGGAAGAACAACCUGGCCUUUCUACUGCUAUCGCUGCGUCUCAAUACACAGUCGCCCGAGAUCACAGCCGUCGAGGACCAGCUGCUGACCGAGGUAAUGACAUCAUACUUCCAGGAGCGCGAGGGCAAGACUGGCGAGGAGAUGAGCUACAUGAUCUCUGAGCUAUCACGCUACAUCCAUCAAUCGUGCUACGAUACUGUAUUCCGCUUCGUCGAGCAGGAGCGUGGACGCGACCUCAAGAAGAAGAAGAAGGAAGUCUUCUACGUCCAGGAGCACGUCAUUGUCUAUAUCAGCCAGCUGUCUGCACGCAUCACCGUUGCCGACUAUGAUGGCACCACAUCGAUACGUGCGGCACUGCGCGAGGUCACCUACUUCUGGAUCACCAAUGUACAGGUGUUCCAAUCAAUGCCAGCCAUCGUGCGCAAUCACUGUGCCAACCUAUUCAAACAUUUCCUCGCGCUAGACAGCAAGAGCACCAUCCCCAAAAGCGAGAUCUCGCUCAACAAGGCCUCCUACACCAAAUUGAUCUUCCUCUGUUUGCAAAGACUUGGCGCAAUGACCAAUGAGGACACGAUUGAAGGAGAGUUGGAGUUGAACAUUCAGAGGGCAUUCAACUUGCUUGUGUCCGAGUCAUGCCUGGACGAUUACAAAUUGGACAUUGUUGGAUUCUUGAUCAAAUGUCUUGGCUAUGGCAUCCACCUACACCAAUUGAUUGCAGAAUCCAUGGCCAUAUUUUUAAGACGCACUCCAAGCUACCUCGACGAGUUCAUCGAGCGCAGCUUUGAUAACGAGAAGCAACAGCUUGCCUCAUUCACCUUCCUCCGCGCCUUAGUAAUCAACUUUACACAACACUACUCGAGCUGGGCUCACGACUGUCCUCCCGAGAGGCUCGUGCACCUAUGUCUAUUCCACAUGGUAUCGAGUAACGCUGAGGCGAGGAAGCUGGCGUGCACAUUGUCAAACACACUGGGCCAGCAGUCGGAGGAUGGACAGUUCAUGUUGUUCAACUCACAUCAGCUCACGAUUCCCACGGAGAGCGUACCAAACUAUGUGUACAGUCGCAUGGCAUUGCUCUACUCCAACUCAAUCAGCAACAAGUAUCCAUGGAUGACACCACUGCUCUUUGAGGAGGCCGAUCGUCAGUUCCAACAUCUCCCAUUCAAUCACAAACAGUUGCAACUUACUCUCUUGGCACCAUGGGCGCGCAAUUUCUACUGGGUGGUGACAGGUGGCGAAGGCACCCUCACGGCCAAAUCGCUCGAGAACAUGUUGGACUCGUUGCUCAACAUCUCCAUCCAGGCGCGCACCAACCCCAACAUGCACACUGCACUUGAGGUCCUCUGGAGCGAGCUAGCAUCGUCUGGUGACAGCACUGGACCCACGGGCACUUACAACGUGUACAAGCGCGUGAUUGACUUCUUGAAGGAGCGCUAUCACUCGGAGAAGUUCCAGCCCGAGACCAAACACACGUGCAAGAUGGCCAUCUGCUUCAUCUCUCGCCGCUCCAGCUCACACUGGACCUCUGUGAUGGAGUACCUGAUGAAGUCACUGCGACACUACAGUCUGUUGCCGCCAUCACCUAUCCAGUUCGUGCAGGAGUUCCUCAACAAUGCUGAGAACCAGGCCAAGGACGAGCACAUCUCGGCACGCUCCGAAGAAGCCUACAUGUACUUCCUCGAGGACAUGACUUUUGAGUUCCAGCUCAAGGACGUGCUGAGCAUCCCCAAGCUCGUGCCCAUGCUCCUUGUUAACGCCGUGCUCGUGUUUGGUCCGUUCAGUCGCACCGACAAGUCGAUUGGCAAACGCAUCGUGGAUAACAUACUCUACUCACUCGUGAUCCAGCAGCCCACGAUUGGCGAUGACAUCAAGGACGAGGCCAUGCAGCUAGUGACCUCGGACUGGGUGACAUGGCGCGAGAAGGAGCGCAUUCAGUUCAUUCGAGUGCUCCAGACCGCGUUGGGUGACAACAUCAUGGAGAUGUGGGAGCAGAUGGUACUGCAGCUGGCCAUUCGCUGUAGCGACCUCCCCGUCUCACUAUCUGCCUUCGACUGGUACCAAGACAUCCGCACGACUAUUGGCACGAAGAAGGACGGCAUGGACGGCCUGCUCGGACUGUGUUGCGGUCUUUGGCGCGCAUGUAUCAUGGGUAACGUCGAGAAGAUGUACAAGACACUGGGCGUGCUCAAUGCGAUUAUUGCGAAUGGCACACGAUGUAUCAACUCAGACACAUCAUAUUCAAUCAUUGUGCGACUGGGAUCCAUCCUUCUGCACACGUCCUAUCUCUCGCAGUUCAACUCAGCGCUCACUCUACUCAAUCGCACCACCCACUCGCUGUCGGGAACACCCGCUCUCAAAGCCCGCAUCACCGAGGAGAUGAUAGAUAUUCUUGGCGCGGGAAUGAAGACCGAGCAAGUGGUCAAUCGUGGCAUCGGUCAUCCACAGACCGCCUUGCUCACUUUAUGGUUCGCCAAGGAGUGUGCACAGUUCUCCGAGCAGAGGAAACAUCGCGUACAGCCAAGCUCAAUCAUCACAACAGUUUUGCUCACAGCGAGCUGCAUGGCAUCUAUGUCUCCACAGGACCCACUCACACUCGACUUUAUGGACUACCUCUUGGACUCGCCCAGCCAGCAGCUCAAUGCGCAUCUCGACCUCUUGCAUGAGCACUAUCGCUUCGUGUCCAAGUCGAUCAGUCAGCCACCCUGCACCACUGAGGAGUUCAUCGGACUCAUUUGCCAGCACUUCUACGAAGCUUUCGCAGACACCACGCCAGACCUUCUCUCCAAUCUGAUCCGCUCAGUCACUGAGCUAGUCACAUCAUUGAUGGACUCGAGCCGCGAGAAGGACGCUUCAUUCCUGCUGUCAUUCAUCAAGGAGAUGAUCAAGAUAAUGUCUGGCUCAUCGGCCAUCAUCCAGCCUACAUACCUGGUCGAGUUCAUCACGGUGAUAAUUGAGGUGUGCCAGCGCUCUUCGUCCGCAUUCACACGUGCUAAUGCUCAGAACUUGAUCCCAUUCAUAAUGGACAACCUGCCACCGGGAUUGCAGGUUGGCGUGUUUGACUUUGUCAAGCCGUUCACCAAUGGCUUCGAUAGCUCUGUAUCCUCAAUGUUUGGAUUCCAGACCGAAGUGGACUCGGUCAGCAAUCUGUAUACAUCGUUGUAUCUCAUCAACACGUAUAUCUUUGCCGUGCCCGCGGACUCUGCACUCAACAUUCAGAUGAAGCGCAUACUGGAAACAUUCCACAAGGAUAGACAAUCAUCGAGUAUACUACCAACGAUUACCACACCAUUCACUCCCACGAUAAAGAGGAAGCAUAACGUACCAGCUGCGACCACACCUACCAAGCCCGCAUUGGUAUCCAAUGAGACGUCCAAGGCUGUCUACACGCCACCACCUCCCUCUCAACCAGUGCAACAACCGGUUCAGCAACAGGCGCCAGUUCAGCUUCCACCUCAGCCCAAGCAGGCACCGCCUCAAACUCCACCCGUUGUCCAACAACCACCUCCUCCACAACCAUCUCAACCUCCAACCUUGCCACAAAAGCCAUCAGGUUCAUUGUUGUUCAAGAAGCCGCCACCUCCAACUCAUGCUCCUCCACCUCCUACAUCACAGCCACCACAGCCUCAGCCUCAGCAGCAGGCUCCACCUCCAACUCCCCAGGUUGUUGUCCAAACUCCACCGCCAACAACUCAACCAACUCCACCAUCUGGAGCCGGUGGCUCUGCAUUCUUUAAGAAGCCACCACCUCCAGCUAUUAGAAGAGAAUCAUCAGGGCUCUCUCCUCAGACUCAAUCACCUCCGAUCACCUCCACAACACCACUACAGACAUCAACAACACCGAGCACACCAUCACCUCCAGUAUCCUCGCCAUCACCAAUGAGACCACCAUCAGGACCUCCACCUCAACCAGGACACAGAAGAGAGCCAUCAAACUCUGGCCAGCCCCUGCCUCCACCACCAGCUCAGCAACAGCAACAACAACCUCAACAGCCUCCAGCCUUACCUCCAAAGACCACACCAUUGUUUGCUGCGCCACCCAACCGACCACCUCCACAACCAGGAUCAGGACAUCAGAGGACACCAUCAAACACCUCUGGUGCUGCACCACCAGAGCAGCAGCAGCAACAAUCAACUC